AUGUCAUCGAGAAUGUCAUCAGGCCCGCCGUCAGCCCCGUCGAUCGCCUCAUCGACUCCAUACUAUGCAUCAACAUUCAGACGCUCAAAGCAAGCUCCCGCUCAUCACCCAAAUCCAUUCCAACUCGGCUCAUCAACAUCAGACCUAGCACUUGCAGAUUCAGCCGCCAGUGACAUUCACCAUCAAUCUCAUCAUCAGGCUACUACUAUGAGUCAUCGAGGUGCUUUGAGUUCAAUGAGUGGCGAUUCGGCAGAACCGGAGUUUCAUGUACCGGUUGCCGCUGAAGGUGCUGCAAGUAUCGUUAAUGAUCAAGAUGAGAAUGAUCAGGGUUAUGAGAAUUAUGAGCAUGGGGAUGAACAUCAAGCGUUGGGGGAAUACGAUAAUGCCUUCUCAUUGCUUUUGGAUCGAGUCAAGGAGAACGCUAACGCAUGCAAAGAGGUUUCAACGUUUAUUAAAAGAAGAGCUGCCAUUGAAGCCGAAUAUGCAAAGUCCAUGACUCGACUUGCUCAAUCAAUGAGUGAUUCAAUGGAAAAGAAUGGUGCCAAGCUUGGAUCUUUCCGUGACACUUGGAAGAAGAUAUGUAGUGUGCAUGAACGAGUCGGUGAAGUCAAGCAACGCUUCUCCGAAUCAUUGGCGGAAAUCGCUGGCGAUGUCAAUGCGGUACAUAUUGAAGCUGUGACUUCUCGUAAAAAUCUCAAAGUUGGUGGUGGAAAUCAUUGGAAGAUGGUAGUGGAAGCUGAAAGCGCUCUAGAAAAGGCCAAAUCCAAAUACGAAGGUGCUUGCACUGAAUGGGAAACCUCCAUCAAUCAACUUGCAGGUGGUGCACAAUCGCAGUUAGGACCACCGGGAAUGAAAAAGUCUGCAUCACAUCCAUUCACCAUGUUCAAGGGAAGUCCUAGUCCUUCCAAGCUUGCCAAGAAUGAGGAUGAUCUUCGGAUGCGAGUGGCUGGUCUCAACGACUCUUUCAAAAGACAGUUGGAAAAUGUACAAGGAAAACGAGCCCACUACUUUUCAAAGCUUUUGCCGACUCUCAUUGGAGUGGUUGCAACAGCCAACAGUGAAGUUGAUAUGAAACUGCAAAAGAACAUGGUCAAGUAUGCUCAAAUGUAUGAGCAAGCAUUGAUGGAGGAAGGUGUUACGAUUGCCCCUAUGCCGAAAGACGAUGAGGAACCUCAACCCAGUUUGUUGAAGAUUAUGGAAAGCGUCGAUCAUGAAGGAGAUUUGCAUGCCUUUAUGAAGACAUUUGUACCCAACCCCACUAAAGAAAAGAAAGCAGAACAAAGGUUCGGUGCUUACUUUCCUACAUCCUUUGAAGCCUCAGCCAGACCUGUGUUUGGAGUGGAUGUUACCGAAUUGAUAACUCGUGAUGGUGUUCAAAUACCAACCAUAGUUGAGAAGUGCAUUCAAGUCAUUGAACGUCAUGGUAUGCGCACUGCAGGAUUGUACAGACAAUCAGGCCCUAUUCCAGAAUUAACAUCAUUACGUGUCUUGAUUGAUCGAGACCUAAGCAAAGUCGACUUGGAAAAGUUUGCUGCCGACAUUACAGUUGUGACUGGUAUACUCAAACUAUGGUUCAGGUCUCUACCUGAUCCGAUAUUGACAUCAGAAAAAUACCAUGACUUUAUGGAAGCUGCUAAAAUCGACGAUGGCAAAGUUCGAUUGAUGAACAUACAUGGAAUCGUGAAUGAACUUAACGAUGCCAACUUUGCAACUCUUCAAUGUUUGAUGGCUCACCUUCACAGGGUCAGGACACGAGAAAUUGAUACCAAGAUGAGCGUACAAUCUUUGGCUAUCGUAUGGGGUUCCGUAUUGAUGGGACCUCGUGAACCUACGAACGUCAUUGACUUGGCUCUUCAAUGUCGUGUCAUUGAAACCAUUUUGGGAGGAUAUCUGGAGAUCUUCCCCGAGGACUAA